AUGGCUUUGCCCAAGCGUAUUGUCAAAGAGACCGAGCGUCUCAUGGCCGAGCCCGUCCCGGGCAUCAGCGCCGUUCCCCACGAGGACAACCUCCGCUACUUCGACGUCGAGAUUCACGGUCCUUCACAAUCGCCAUACGAAGGUGGUGUCUUCAAGUUGGAACUCUUCUUGCCUGACGACUACCCCAUGACUCCCCCCAAGAUCCGUUUCCUCACCAAGAUCUUCCACCCCAAUGUCGACAAGCUCGGCCGUAUCUGCCUUGACGUUCUGAAGAACAACUGGUCCCCCGCCCUCCAGAUCCGUACCAUCCUUCUCUCCAUCCAGGCCCUUCUUGGUGCCCCGAACCCCGACGACCCGCUUGCUGCCGAUGUUGCCAAGAGCUGGAAGGAGGAUGAGCAGGCUGCCAUCGCGACAGCCAAGGAGUGGACCACCAAGUACGCUGUUCCCAAAUAG